UAUAUUAAUAUACUACUUAAUACAGAGAAAGUCCUGCUUAUUAAUAAUAUUUUAACAGUGACUUUCUGCUGGAUUCUAUUAAUUAAAUAUCUGGUUUUUCCUAGCAUAUUCACAUCUUUACAGAUAUCUGCAUUCUUAAAGAAGGCCAGCAAUAUAAAUAAAGUUAAUCAAAUAAUAUAUAAAGCUAUCCAAAAUAUCUCCCUUCUUAGUAUUGCACAAGCUAGCUGUACUAUCACAACAAGCAGAACUAUAUAUAGAUUAAAUACAAGUAGAGUGGUUAUACCUGACCGACAUCUAACACUCUCCAGACCUGUUCUAAUUAAUUCAGCUACUAACUUCUUCAAUACACUUAUCAAUAUAUACACAGCCCGAGCUAAGACAUGGUCAGUUACUACUACUAUAACUACCGCAGUAACAGGAUUCUUUACUAUCUUAUCUAGAAUACUAUUUAUUUUUUAUAACAACUUUCUUCUAGCAAAGCUCCAAAAAGUCUUUAAUACUAAUACCAGCAAAUAA